GUUUUCGUGAUCUGAAACAGACUUUUUAUUCACCAGCAAAAGACAGUGUGUGAUUCAUUUCCCUAUAAUCCUGCUUAGUGACCAAAAACAUUUUCUGAAGAUCAAGCACUGUGCAGGCUUCUGUUCUUUCUGUGACUAGUAUAACUGUUUGAAUAUGGCCACUCUUCUGGCUCGACUGUUCUUUUUUACCUGGCUAAUCGUGCCUUUCUGUGAGACCGAAAAAGCGAGACAGCGAGCUCUUCGCCAGAGGGAUGCCGAGUAUAUUGAAAGAUAUAAUGGCUGCAUGCAGGGCCCAGCUGGCACCCCUGGUAGAGACGGGAACCCUGGAGCGAAUGGCAUCCCUGGCACACCGGGCUUCCCUGGUCGUGAUGGACUGAAAGGGGAGAAGGGGGAGUGCAUAAGGGAGAGCUUUGAGGAGCCAUGGAAACCAAACUUCAAGCAGUGUGCAUGGAAGUCCCUUAACUAUGGUAUUGACCUUGGCAAAAUUGCAGAAUGUACUUUCACAAAGAUGCGCACCGACAGCGCUCUGAGGGUAGUCUUCAGUGGCUCUCUGAGACUCAAAUGUAAAAAUGCCUGCUGCCAGCGCUGGUACUUCACAUUUAAUGGGGCAGAGUGCACAGGACCCCUGCCAAUUGAAGCCAUUAUCUACCUGGACCAAGGCAGCCCUGAGUUUAACUCCACUAUAAACAUACACAGGACCUCUUCAGUGGAAGGGCUGUGUGAAGGGAUCCAUGCCGGCCUGGUGGACGUUGCUGUGUGGGUUGGUAUUUGUCAAGACUAUCCUCAUGGAGAUGCUUCCACUGGCUGGAAUUCCGUGUCUAGAGUCAUCAUUGAAGAACUCCCCAAGUGAACUACAUGAUUUCACCAGCUCCCAGAUAGUUUUCUUAAUCUCUUUUUAUUCAUGUUUUAAUGCUGCCUCGUGCAUUACAAGUCUUGUCUGGUAAAGAGAUCACUGAAUUCAGCCAUGGUCAAUAUUUUAUACUUUGUAUGCCUAUUAAUUAAAUGAAAACACUGGCCUUACUAAAAAA